CUUCAGACUCAUUUUCACUCUUCUUGCCCAAUUAUCUUUUAGCAAAAUGGGUUGUUGUCUCAGCAAGAAACCUUCUUCCAUCCCUCUCUCCAGUGGCCUUAAACCUCCAGAUCCAGUCAAACCCGAUGUUAAUAAACCGGAGAUUGAGCUGCCAGUUGUUAAACGGGAGAUUGAGCUUGGGGAGAAUCCAGAAGUCAAACCAAUUAGAUCCGAGAAGGUAGAAAAAGAAGACGAAGAGAUAGAACAUAGGAGAAGCCACGAGAGAUCGAAGAAGAUAGAGACAGAAUCAGAGGAAGCGGUGGAGAAAUCAGUGGUGGUGAGGACGUCGAGCUGCACGAAAGAAGAGGUUGAUGCGAUACUGAUACAAUGCGGGAAGCUAAGUCGGAGCAACUCCGCAGCCAAAACAAGAAGAUACUCUGGUUCAAAGAGAAGCUUCGAUUUUGACCAGAACGAAAGAACCCGCGGCGGCGGAGAUGUAGAAGAGGAAGAGGCGGGGAGGAAAACGCCUCAGAGGAAUCGUCAACGUGGUGUAGAGAGUUCGCCUCGUGAAAGAAGAAGACGAACUCCGAGCAGAGAAAGAGAAAGAGAAAGAGAGGAUUCUAAGAGUUAUCGCUCAGGGAGCAGGGAAAGAGGAGGAAGCAGACGUGUGAGCAGAUCUCCCGGAAAACGUUCCGAGAUGACAAACCCUAACACUAGUGGCAGUUUAGUAAGUUCGAGCAAUAUUAAGUUUGUUACAGUUCCGGCCAGGGACAAGAGCAACGGAGACCCGUCGAGUAAACGAGUUACUACCGUUAAGAGAAGCAUAGGAGAAGCUUGUAGAACCGCUGCGACCAGUAAUGUUCAACCUCCUUCUUCACGGAGGGUGGCAGAGCAAUCACCGCACAGGAGAAAACCACUGGGGGAAAUCGAUCAAAACGCCACAAAAGGAGACAAGAAGAAGCUGAUAAAGAGAGGAGAAAACGAAGCUGCGAAACCACAAGGGAUAAGCAGAAGCAGAUCGUUGAGGAAAUCACGAGACUUUGAUUUGUUGCAAUCAAGCGAAGAAGACAAGAGCAGUUACACGGCGCUGUUGUUGAAAGACAUUAAGAAUUUCCAUGGGAAGAGUAAUGAUAAUGAUAAUGAUGAGGAGGAUCCGUUUAGUCUUCUUCCUUCUUGUGUUACAAAAGCUUGCUCCAUUGUUGAAGCAGUGGCGGAUCUUAACUCCACCUCUGAUUCGAACCAGUUUAGAUUCACAUCUACGGUGAAGAAAGCGGAGGAUUUGAUGGAACCGAGCUUUGAAAAGUAUGUGACUGUCAAGAGAGGAGGUUGUUCCUUGGAGGAGCAAGAAUCAUCAUGUGCUAGUAACAAUCUUACGUAACCCCCCAGGGUUCGAUUUCUCAGUCAACAACUCUCUGUGUUGUUGCAGUUUCAAUUUUAGUGAAGUCUUUGUUUAUUGUAUUCUCCAAUCUUAUCUAUUCACUUGUUCACUUCAAUCGAAUUCUUCUCUUCAACAUUAUGUUACUUUUGUUGAGAUGCUAACAUAGACUACAUGCUCAGGCUGCUUUUGUAAGUUUCAAUACUCAGUUUUUGAAUGUGAGAGCAAAGGCGGCUGCAGGACACUGCAGAGCUCAUUAUCCUUCGACACAGUCAACUUGAGUGGUG